UUUGGUUUCUUUUGAAUUUUGGUCUGAGCAGAGUGUGCACCUACUACAGCAUCCAAGAGGAGAUUAGUUUAUCGUCACUAACAAAGUAAAGAAGCAAACACACAGAACCAGAAUGGAUCCAGCUUGGUUGUUUCCAUUGUCCCUGCAACAUCCCAACCCCCACCAACACCUUCAGCAGCAACACUGGCAGCACCUUCAGCAACAGCAGCUCUCUCCUGUGAGCUCAGCUGCAAGGGUAAUUCCAUUUGUCCCCAAAACAAGAGCUACAGAAAGGCAAACAAAUAGAGUAGACUGGCAUCCAGGAAAGGAGCAGCAUGCUGUGCAGCAUCUCCCAGCCCAGGUGGACUCCUUCCAAAUCCUCCUGCCAGCUGUCUACCCGCCUCCGCUCCACCUCCAGCCUUUAUCGCCUGGCGAGCCCCUGUAUAGGCCCUACUCUUCUCAACAGUCCUACUGGCUGCCCGUGCCCACCUACAGUUACAAGGCCCAGCCCUACAUACAGCUGCCCUUCAGCUCCUUGCCAGAGGUCAGGUCCAGCCCCGGGCACCUCCCACCAAUUCUGUGUCCACAGAUCGUGCUGCUCCCUCAGACUCACUGUGCAGACCAGGUCUACAUAAGUUCGCCCGCAGAGGUGACAACAGCAUCACAGUGCACAGAGGUGCAUGCAGGGUCAGGAGGUCAGGGGUCAAUGAGCUGUGCAAAAGAGGACCAGAAGAACAAUCCACACAAAGGCAACCCAGGCAAUGAAGCCGACCCAGGCAAUGAAGCCGACCCAGGCAAUGAAGCCGACCCAGGCAAUGAAGCCAACCCAGGCAAUGAAGCCAACCCAGGCAAUGAAGCCAACCCAGGCAAUGACGCCGACCCAGGCAAUGAAGCCAACCCAGGCAAUGAAAGCAACCCAGGCAAUGACGCCAACCCAGGCAAUGAAACUCCCAAAGAAAACAUCCCAGCCAGUCUUACAGAGGACUGUGAUUUUCCCAGACCUACAGCCUCUUUAGAUGAGGAAGCAGUGAACAAACAUUCAAUUGAGGAAUGUUUUAGUCUCCUAGAGCCCUUCUUUGACCAGCUGCUUCCCACUCAGGCUGAAGACCCCAGGGAGGAGGAGCAUGGAGAGGCUGGGUACCUGAACAUGGAAAACAGUUCCUUCCUGGAGUAUAUGGAUGAGCUGUGCAGAGACGAGGAGUUUGUCAGUAAGGUGGAGUCCACGGUGAAUAUCGAAGCCCUCAUGACUCCCCUCUCUGCCAGCCAGGACCUUUUUGAAGAACAAGAGCAAGAGAUGAUCCUGCAGGAGGAGCUGCCUCCAUGUCCUGCAAACAGCGAUCAUUUCUACGGAGAAACACCUUCGGUAUCUUCACAGUCACUCUUUUUGGACGCUCCAGGCUCCCUCUUUGCAAGUAGCCCCAAUAGAAACAGUCAAAAUUCUUCCCAGAAUGAAGUUGGGAUCAGCUGCUCCCCCCUCCUGCUUUCAAACCUUUUAGAAGAACCGCCUUCACCCAACCACAACCCUCUGGAUGCCUCCGAUGCUUUUUCUCAAGAUGACUGUUUUGCAUCGAUCCUGCACUUGUUUCCCGACCAGGAUUUUAGAAGUGACGACACACUGAAUUCCAUAUUGUCCUUCUUGGACAGGAAGACCACAGCUCCACCUGCUCAAUCCUCCUCCCCUCCCUCUGAUUCAGCCAGCCACUCUGGCUCCGCCACUUUAAAAGUUAAAUGCAACUUCUCACACUUUGAAAAGACCCAAGAACUCAACAACCCCAGAGGAGGAGAAACAAAGAGUAACAAGAAGCAGCCAGGCAUGAAUGGUGGAGAGAAAAGUGUGACUACAAAAACUCUCGAUCAGGAGGUUCAGGCGAGUGAGGAGAACCAGACCAAACCCAAGACCAACAUUCUUGAAGCGCUUGCUGAGGUCCUUAAAAGAACACGUGGAACAGAGAAAGACAAGGAGAAGAAAAAACUGCAGAAAAAACAAGGAACGCAGUCAUUUAAGAGAAAGCGGAGCCGGGAAACAAAACUAAUGAGCACUGCAGAGCAGUUUUUGGAGCCGACAAAGAAGAAACAGCUCAAGAGUCCCAACGUGGAGGACGGGAUGCAUGGUGAGCUCACUUUUACUGUCAGACAUGAGGACAAUGCAAGAGCAUCUGGAUCGCUCCCAAACACGUGCCCUGAAAGCACAAACACCUUUGAAGGGAUUUUUUGCGACACAAUGCCCCAAGUUCAAAAAUCACCCGCGUCAAACAACCAAGCCAGUCCAGACCUCACGGUGAGCCCAGCGAAGAAACACACUCAGGGAUGGCAGGCCGGUGGGAAGAGGGGACGCUCGGGAGAAAACGCAGGGACGGCAAUGGAGCAACUGGAGCAGAGUCCCACAAAAAAAAGCAGGAAAGCCAAAAGAAGCUAGGUUUGAAAGAAAAAUAAACGAGUAAGAGAAAAA